UGGGAAACUCCCAAGUUCUCCUUUGGCGUCCCCAGCUGCCACAAGCUCACUGUCAGUGGGGAAAGGGCGCAGCGAGAGGUGGGAGCAGGCGUUAGGACAAUAACCCAAGGGCCCAUAUAAUGUGCAUUGGUGACCUGUCCUGAGCCACCUGCCUCCUGCCUACCGCCGACCACCUUCCUGCCUGCCACCGCUGCCCACCAUGGAGUCCAGGGGGAAGGCGGCCAGCAGCCCCAAGACCGACAGCAAGGCUCCCCAGGUCCCCACUGAACCCAAAGGCCCCCCAGCUGUGGAUGGGAAAGCCCCAGGGGCAGCCUCUGUCAAGUCUGGGAAGAAAGAGGCCCCUUUGGAGAAGCAGGAGCAGCCCUCAGGCCCUGGCCCAGCGCCCACCAAGAAGACCUCAGCCAAGGCAGACCCUGCCCUUCUCGACAACCACAGCAACCUGAAGCCGGCCCCCGCCAUCCCCACCGCCCCCCACAGCCCCGAGCCUGCCCAGGAGCCCAAGGGUCCUGGGGACGGCGCUGAAGAGGAUGAGGCUGGCAGCACGGGUCCAGGGGGCCGAGGGCCCUGGCCCUUGGAGAACUUGACCCCCUUGCUGGUGGCUGGCGGGGUGGCUGUGGCCGCCAUGGCCGUGGUUCUUGGUGUGGCCUUUCUGGCCCGGAAAAAGUGAUGGUCAGUGCCAGGCGGUGCCCAGAGCCCUGCUGGGCUGACCCGGAGAAGCAGUGCAUGCCUAUAGCUAGUUACACAGGUGCACAGGCCCAUGGCAGGGAGCGCCCCCCACGUGCGCACCUGCACACACACAUAUCCACAUGUAUCUACCCCACAGACACCGCAGAGGGACUGGCAGAUGGACAGCUGGCCACCCAGGACCUGUAGGCUGCAAGGAAUUGCUCUGGGCUUCGGACUCGGGGAGGGCUUGGUGACAAAUGCUUGGUCUGUCCCAUCUGGCUCCCAGGGGCCUGUGGGUAGCAUGUUGCUUCUGGGCCCAGAGCUUCUGGGUCAGUCUCUGAAGUCCAGAUCCCAGCCCAGUCCUGGUGGGGACAGUAAGGGGCAUGGCCAGUUCUGCUCUGGGCCCGUAGCAGGCAGUCUGUCCCCCACUGUCCCUCCCCCUCCCAUCAUCCCCCAGCCAGGCUCAAGGGGUCCCGGCAGUUCCCUCUCAACCCUGGGGGGCCCCAAGGCUGAAGCCUUUUCCUCUCCAGCCAGAGCCCCACCACCUCCCUCUGCCUUUGUCCUGGGGCUGGAGGUCACUCCUCCCGCCCGUCUGACCGGCCCCUCCAAGCCCAACCAGUAUGUACAUGCAGUGACCAGGUAGAACAGAGGCCCCCCAGGGCCAGGCUGGCUCUGACUCAUUGGCAGCCAGGGCGGGCUCUCAUAAGGGACAGUGGAUGUGUGACAGCUGCCACUGGCCCAAGCCUGGGUGGAGGCUGAGUCAGAAAUAAAGGACCUUGUCUAACGGCC